AUGUCGACUCCAAGCCACGAUGAAAUGAUCAAGCAUUUGCGUAUCACCAUUGAUAUCGCAGCUCGCGGUAGAUCCAUGGGUCACCAUCCUUUCGGCUCCACUCUUGUUAGCCCCGAGGGUGAAAUUCUCUUGCAACAAUGCAACUUUGGCCCUGUCUUCCAUGCCGAGAGUGAAUUGGCUCGUGUUGCUGCUACCAACUUCAGCCCCGAGUACCUCUCAAAGUGUGUCUUGUACACUAGCGUUGAGCCUUGCGCUAUGUGCACUGGUACUUGCUAUUGGGCAAACAUAGGCACGCUCGCGUUUGGCCUUCCUGGUUCAAAGCUUGCCGAGUUGACUGAUGCCGCUGGUAGCAAGGAAAACCCCACCUUGAAGUUGACCACCCGCGAAAUUUUGGCUACCGGUUCUCGUGACAUCAAGGUCUUUGGUCCAUUCCCCGAAUUGGAAGAAGAGAUCGUCAAGGACCACAAGGGCUUCUGGGAGACCCACUAA